GAGUGUCAGAUUAGAUUUAAAGAAAAGAAAGUCAAAAAAGCUUCUUUUCUCAAAAAUCUCGUCAUUCAUCUCCCCUUAACUUUAAGGAAUUUUUUUUCUUUUUUUGCCUUUUUUCUGCGCUCUUUAAUCCUUCAAAAAUGAUGAUGCUUGGAGGAGGGGAUAGAAGAAAUACUACGACAAGUUUUGCUUCCCCAACAAUUUCAAGCAGUCCAUCCAAAAGAAGAAGAAGAACAACAACAACUCAAAAUAAUUUAGAAAUUGCUGCAACUAACAACGAAUUUAAUUUGCCAAUUAAUACGGGUAUUGUAAGGACAAAUAAUACAAUAAAUGGUGGUUGGACACCAACAAAUGCUAUAAACUUGCCAGGCCCAUCAACUACUCGUUCCCCCAAUGUUAACCAAUUAAAAAGACAAAAUUCAACAUUUAAUAGAACAACAAACAUUCAAAAUUCCCAACAACAAGAAACAGAAAGAGAUAGACGUAAAUCACGUGCAAGUUCAUUAGCAGCAGCAAUGUCAACGAGAAAAUUAAGUUUAUUUAAUAGAUGGAAAAAUCAAGCAUUGGCUGACACGGCUUUAGAUGGAAUUAGUGAAGAAGAAAUGAUUGAAUAUAAAGAAGCUUUUCGAUUAUUUGAUAAGGACGGAAACGGAUCAAUUUCAUCAAAAGAAUUGGGUGUAGCAAUGCGCUCUUUAGGCCAAAAUCCAACAGAACAAGAAUUAUUAGAUAUGGUAAAUGAAGUUGAUAUUGAUGGAAGUGGAAAUAUAGAUUUUGCUGAAUUUUGUCAAAUGAUGAAAAGAAUGAAUAAAGAAAAUGAUAGUGAAAUGAUUCGAGAAGCCUUUAGAGUUUUUGAUAGAGACGGGAAUGGAUAUAUUACAGCAGAUGAAUUUAGAUAUUUUAUGACGACUAUGGGGGAACAAUUUAGUGAAAAUGAAGUUGAUGAAAUUAUUGAGGAAGUUGAUAUUGAUGGGGAUGGACAGAUAAAUUAUGAAGAAUUCGUUAGAAUGAUGACAUCUUAAUUUAAUUAUUUGUUUAAAAAUUUGUCAGGGAAUUUUUAAACUUUAAGGGAUUUUUUAAGGAUUUUUCUAAUUUUUAGGACGUCAUGGGAUGGGAAAAAGUAGAGCCUGCCAGGUUUCGAAAAACCCCCCGGGGUUCCGAGUCGGGUUAGUUAUGGGAAUUAAGCAGGAAAAAAACAG